GUGGGCAGCCCCACCAUGAGCAGUUUCCAGGCCCAGCUCUGCUCACCAUGCGGACGCUGAGAUGGCUCCUGUUACUGCUUCUGUGCAUCUCCUGCGUCUGUGCCUUCAUGUUUUCUUCGACGAGGGAGAAAACCAAAGAAAGCCCAGGGAAGGUGCCUUGCGGAGGACACUUCCGGAUUAGACAGAAUCUUCCAGAGAAUGCCCAAGGCUGGCUUGGGAACAAAUGGCUCUGGCUGUUCAUUGUCAUUAUGAUCUAUGUGUUGCUGAAGUUUCGAGGAGACGGCGAAAAGAACAAGGAGCAGAAUCCUACUAGCCUCCGAAGCUCCCAGUUCCGCUCUCCACCAAAGAAAGCCCAAAGUAUUUCCCCCAGCAAAGACUUCACUUUCAAUACUUUAACCCAGCUCGAGAUGGAACUGGUGAAAUUUGUGUCCAAGGUGCGGAACCUUAAAGUCUCCAUGGCAACUAGCAGUAACUCCAGGCUGCAGAUCCCAGAUAUACCCAUGGACCCGUACAAUAAUGUCACGAUAUAUGAGAUAUGGGGGGAGGAGGAGUCUGAGUGAAGGGGUUUAUAGCAAAGUAUAAGAGAAAACAAGUCUAGUAUUGACAGACAGUAUCCAAACUAAUAAAGAAUAUUCUGAUG